GUCUUUGGCCGUUUUCCCUCACACGCAUCUCAUUUUCAUCCCUUUCACCUCCAUCUCUCAUCCCCCCCAGUCUCGCUUUUACGCCAUACAGCUCCCUUCAUAUCUGCAGUCAAUUCACCAUGUCCGCCUCAGACACAAAGAAAGCUGUUGCCGCCGUGCUCGUGAGAAGGGCGGAUCCAGAGCAGGAUAUGCAGCAUGUUGAUGAGAUCCACCGUAUCGUCAACGCCGCCUACCGCUCAGAUGCCGGAUGGACCCAUGAGACACAUCUCAUCAAGGAAGAGCGUAUCACCAAAGAGGGAGUUAAAGAUGUGCUACAUGACAAGGUCAACCUGUUGCUCCUGGCAUUUGAUUCAGAGACGAAUCAACUUCUAGGAACCAUCCAACUUGAUCCCGCCGAGUUUUACCCGGACUUUGGGGAAUAUGAGAAGGAUGGGCACGCAACGAGUUAUUUGGAGACGAUGCCAAAAGAGAACCAGAUAUUUCUGGGUCUGAUUUCGGUCGAUCCUCUACAGCAAUCUAGAGGCAUUGGCGGUAAGCUUGUCCGGGAAGGAUUGCGGUAUGCAAAGGAGACCAUGGGGCGCAAACAGGCGGUGGUCUAUGUUCUGUUUCAACGGACAGAGCUGGCGGAGUGGUACAAGCGCAUUGGGUUUGUGGAUUAUGGCGAAAAGGUUCCGUACCCGGAUCAGGCACGCACAAAGCAAGAGGAUGUACAUUUUACUGUGCUGAGGAUGGCACUGUGAACAGUCCAUGUUGUAUCGAAUGUAUAGUACAUAUAGAAGACAUACACGCAAUCGUAAUAAAGUACCAGAUUUACACGAAUGCCGCGACGCUUUGUAUUUAAGAGGGGUGUAGACAGCUGCGAAAUUGUUUGUAGUAUGCACCACGCUACCCAGGAGAAAGAGCUUUAAAGAGAAUACAACAAAUAAAGUGUAAAACGGCCUGUUCUAAAAGAUGCGGAUAACGA